UCUGGAGGUGUGGUUACAGCAUUGAGCUUGGUUGGCGUGGCCUGGGCCUGGUGGUGGGGCCCAAUGUGAUAUCUUUCCAUGGGGCCCAAAAUCCCUGGCGGCACCCCUGCACAUACCUACCUGUCCUUAAAUCACAUUCUUGAAGCGUCACUAAUGUUUGACUUUCUCUUCAUGUUAGGGCGAAGUCAGGCAGGAUGUGGACGUCAGCUCUUCAGUUGGUUUUCAUUGGUUUUUACCUUCAGUCUUGAUGCUAAGCUAAGCUAACCGACUGCUGGCUCCACUUUCACCUUAUCUAACUCUCAGCCAGAAAAAAUAAAACAGGCAUAUUUCCUGAAUUGUCAAAUUAUUCCUUCAUCUUAAAAGUCCAGUGAUUUUUUAUUUACACAAAUGUUGGCUGCAGGUACCCACAUGCUACCCAUCAUGCACUUUUUACGGCCUUGUGGCGGAUUGCCCCUCGAGAAACCACUACUGGGUUCCGACUCUGCCUCCCAACAUCACCCACCUCUACCUGCAGAUGAACUUCAUCAGUGAGAUCAACAGCAGCUCGCUCAGAAACUAUGACGAUCUUCAACAAUUAGAUCUUGGGAUGCAGAAAGUGCCGCUCGUCUUAAGGAACAACGCUUUCCUUAGGCAGAGAAAAUUGACAACACUGGUCCUAGGCUCCAAUAUUGGCCUUCAGAUGGAGCCAAGGGCAUUUGCAGGAUUGUUUAAUUUACAACACCUCUUUCUGGACUAUUGCAAUUUGCCUGAGUCCAUACUAGCAGAACGCUACCUGGAGCCCCUUUUGUCCUUAGAAACUCUUGAUCUCUCCCUUAAUGAAAUAGUGAGACUCAGACCAGGACUGUUCUUUUCAAAACUUACAAAGUUCACACAGCUUAACCUCAAAUUGAAUCCGAUUGAAACAUUAUGUGAAGAUGAUCUAGUUGGUUUCCGGGGGAAAUACUUCAAACUCCUGAAUUUGAACUCAAAUAAAUUUUAUAGGGGUUAUAGUGAAGAUUUUGACUGGAAGAAAUGCGGAAACCCUUUCACAGGGAUGGCCUUUGAAGUCCUUGACUUAUCCAGUAGUGGGUUCAACACGGAAACAUCAACACACUUUUUCAAAGCAAUAGAGGGUACUCCAAUUACUCAUCUUAUAUUCUCUGGACACCUUGGCAGAGACUUCUCGUUUUCCAACAUUCCUGAUCCAGAUGAAAGCACAUUUGAAGGCCUCAUGAACAGCUCAGUCAACAUUCUAGAUCUGUCUAAAAGCCGUAUAUUUGCUUUGCAGAAGGCAGUUUUGAGUCCCCUAAGGAAUGCAAUAAUUAUUGACAUUUCCCUGAACAGAAUCAAUCAGAUUGACCAAAAUGCCUUCAAUGGUCUUCAAGGACAUUUAAGGAUGCUCAACCUGUCAUACAACCUCAUAGGAGAAGUAUAUUCUUACACAUUUACCAAUCUCAAUGACCUCCGGGUGUUGGAUUUGUCUUACAACCACAUUGGUGCAUUGGCACCCAAAGCCUUCAGUGGUCUUCCAAAGUUACGAGCGUUAUAUCUGACAGGAAAUUCCCUCAGAGGCCUUGGCUCUCCUGCCGCAUUACCAAACUUAGAUUAUCUUCUUUUGGGUGACAAUAAGCUUAAAUCUCUGUAUGGAAUCAGCAAAUUUGGCAAGAACAGUAUCCAUUUGGAUAUAACAAACAACAGAUUAACAAGUUUAGAGGAUGUUUAUAUCAUUUUAACUUCUUUCAAUCGUCUCCAACAUUUCUUCUAUGGUGGCAACAUCAUCAAGUGGUGCACAAUGAGUCUGAAAGUACCUCAUAUUAGUUUGGAAGUGCUGGAUCUUCAUGACAGUUCCUUGAAUGUCAUUUGGGCGCGGGGGGAGUGCCUCGACCUGUUUGAUCAUUUAGACAAUCUGCUCGGUUUAAAUAUAAGCUAUAACUCCAUUGCGACUUUCCCAAAAGGGAUUUUUAGCAGUUUAAGCUCAAUCUAUGAGAUGGACGUAUCAUCUAAUGCCUUAACUUAUCUGCAGCAGGAUCUCUUUCCGACCACCCUGAAAAGACUGGACCUUUCGGACAACUUUUUAGCCUCCCCGGACCCUGUGACUUUUCUGUCUCUCAGCUUCCUCAGUCUGGCUGCAAAUCGGUUCUACUGCGAUUGCAAUCUAGAGAGCUUCCUGAAGUGGCUGAACGUGACGAAUGUAACCUUCGCAAGCCCGACUGAGGAGUACAGAUGUGAGUUCCCAGCCGCUCUCCAAAAUCUCCCUCUGGAGAAUUUCUCCAGGGUCAUCGAACCGUGUGGGGAAGACGAUGCAAAGGCCAUCCAAGAUCUUCAGUUGGCACUGUUCAUCUUCAACGCUGUCCUCGUCAUCACUGUCAUCCUCAGCGGGUUUAUUUACGCCCGUCUCCGAGGGCACAUAUUCAUCAUCUACAAAACCAUCGUCGGUAGGGUUCUCGAGGGCCCAAAACCGAACCUUCCUGUGGACGAAGUGCAGUACGAUGCCUUCCUCAGCUUUAGUGAAAAUGACUAUGGGUGGGUGGAAGCAGCUUUGCUGAAAAAGCUGGAUAACCAGUUUUCCGAGGAGAACCUCUUCCGCUGUUGUUUCGAGGCCAGAGACUUCCUGCCUGGUGAGGAUCACCUGACCAACAUCAGGGACGCAAUCUGGAGCAGCAGGAAGACUGUGUGCGUGGUCUCCAAAGAGUUCCUUAAAGAUGGUUGGUGCUUGGAGGCGUUUACUUUGGCUCAGGGCCGGAUGCUGGAGGAGCUGACAAACGUCCUGGUUAUGGUGGUGGUAGGCAAGAUGGCUCACUACCAGCUGAUGAAGUACCACGCAGUCAGAGCUUUCGUCCAGAGGAGGGAGUACCUGACCUGGCCGGAGGACCCUCAGGACCUGGAGUGGUUUUAUGAGCGGCUCGUCUCAAAGAUUCUCAAAGACACAAAGGUGAAGAAGUUUGCAGAGGACCAACCUGAGCCUGCACAGCCUGACGCCCAACCGCAGGAGGAGGAGGGUAUCCAGCUGGAGAACAUCGGACCAAUCCCAUGUCAACUCUGAUUGUUAAAAAGAUCGUACUUUAACCAAGAAAACCUGAUGGUACCAACAUCCCCCCUGCUGAAGUGUCCCCAGAAAGCAAGCACGCAGGCUUCUUUGCACUUUAACCCUCUGGAGUCUAAGGGUAUUUUCUCUAUUUUUAGAUGUUUUCUUAAAUCACCUUUUAAAUGUAUUUCUUCUAACAUGGCACCCAUGUGUUACAUAUCAAAAUGUUCAGGACAAUCUCUAGUAUUGCUAUAUAUGCAAAUUACUCACCUUAGAGCACUGUUUGAUGAGAUAAGUAGCUCAAAAGCUUAAAAUGUGACAUCUGAUUUUCGGACAAUCUUCAAAACUUUUGUGAAAACACAAAUUUACUCAUGUGAUCGAAUUGUUUUGGUGUUUUAGAUUUGGUUACCAAAGUCUUAGGAUCACAAAAGCAGUGAAAUAUUUGAAUUACACUGUAUAUAAAUGUGUUAUUCAUGUCUAAAAUGAGAUACAUCAGGGACUGAGAUACAUCAGGACUGAAUAAUGACUUCAUAUUACAUACCAAGGUUCAUGUGAUGUGUACAAAUACA